GGCCGCUUGCCAACUGCCGCGUGGUCACGUGACACAUCUGUCAGGGGACAGCAUGGCGGACAUGCAUGUGGAGCCUCAAAACAAAUCGCAUCGACUGUCCAGCUAACGCGACAGAAACACGGACAAAGCGCGACGAGGCCGGAGCCGGCGGUGGCCGAACCGACAGCAGCAUGGAGGAAGACAACAAACUCCAGUUCCCGUCUCUCCCCGCGACCAAGGAGGAGCUCCUGGACUGGGCUUAUCCAAUGAGACGCGAGAUGCAGGAGAUAUUACCAGGGCUGUUUUUAGGUCCCUACUCUGCUGCAAUGAAAAGCAAGCUGCCAAUUCUCGAGAGACAGGGCAUAACGCAUGUUGUGUGUGUCCGCCAAGACAUAGAAGCCAAUUUUAUCAAACCUAAUUUCCCUCAUACAUUUAGAUACCUUGUAUUAGAUAUUGCCGACAAUCCAGUGGAAAAUAUAAUCAGAUUUUUCCCAACGACUAAGGAAUUUAUCGAUAGCUGCUUAGCAACAGGAGGAAAGGUACUGGUUCAUGGUAAUGCAGGGAUAUCAAGAAGUGCCGCCUUAGUUAUUGCAUACCUUAUGGAAACUUUUGGGAUGAAAUACAGGGAUGCAUUCAGCCACGUCCAGGAGAGGAGGUUCUGCAUCAACCCCAAUGUGGGCUUUGUGCAUCAGCUACAGGAGUAUGAAGCGAUCUACUCAGCCAAAUUGACCAUUAAGAUGAUGUCACCGAUGCAGUUGGGCAGAUCCUUCUCUUUACAAGCUGGGAUGCCAGGAAGCCGUAAGCGCAGCCUGGAGGAAGACGAGGACUUUGGAGCAAUGCAGGUCACAGCCGCACAGAACGGAUGAGCUUUGCUUACAUUUAGCCGUGUGGCGCAGUGCACUCGUUUUCUUUUUUUUCUUUUUUGUUUUUUUACAUUUUUAAUGGGAUUAAAAAUGUAAAUAUUUGAACUUUUUCUAAUGGGAAGGGAGGAGGGCGGGAGGGGGGGAACCACUCAUGUCUGAGACGUAGAGUGCUGAUGGGGAUGGGCAAAUUUGAUAACCCUUUUUUUUUUUUUUUUCUUGAACUGUAUGCACUGAUGGGAGAUUUUUUGCAGUUUUAUAGUAUUUAAAGCAUUUUGCAUUUGCAGCGGGACAGUAUUGCAAUAAUGCACUUUCGAUACUUGAAUUUGUGUAGACGACCAGAAGGGGGCAGUCGGCAAAAGGGAAAGUAGCCCGGAUGUCGCCCAGUGGAGGACACGAGAAGAGGAAAAGCUAAUGCCUUUAUUUUGGGAGUGAUAGGAUUGUGGACUAAUAUCAGGCUUAAUGUGAGAUAGUAAAGAAUUGAAAAAUAACUCACUGCUUAAUAAAAAGUCUGACCGAG